UGCAGGUAAGACGAGGUGUCGGUGUCGAGUAGGAUGGAGGCGCCCCUGGUGAGCCUGGAGGAAGAGUUUGAGGAGGGGCCCGGGGACGAUGAGGGGACCCCGCAACGCACUGCGGACUCGGCGCUGGCCGAGCUGGAGAGCUUCUCAGCUGAGAUGAUGAGCUUCAAGUCGAUGGAGGACCUGGUGCAGGAGUUCGACGAGAAGCUCACCGUCUGCUUCCGCAACUACGAUGCUGCCACCGAGGGUCUGGCCCCUGUGCGGGGGCGUCUCCAGGCACAGGAGGAGGAGGAGCGCCUCCAGGACGAGGAGGUCUGGGAUGCUCUCACCGAUGGCUUCGCCCCUCGGGGCUCCCCCCGGCCCUGGCUGCUCCCUGAGACUGAGGGCCCCAAUGGCACCGACCCCCAGCUCUGCGAGAAGGAGGAGGAGGAGGAGGAGGAGCUCACUGAGAGGAGCGAGCAAGACUCGGGCAUUAACGAGGAGCCGCUGCUGACAGCUGAGCAGGUCAUCGAGGAGCUGGAGGAGCUGAUGCAGAGUUCGCCCGACCCCGAGGCUGACCCUGACGGUGAUGAGGAGGAAGAGGAGGAGGAGGAGGAGGAAGAGGAGGAGGAGGAAAAUGAGGCUGAUGGUGAAGGCGGUGGCGGGGGCACGGAGCCCAUCCUGCUGCGUGAGCUGCGUGCGUUCUCCCCUGCCUUCAACAACAACUGCUCCCAUGAAG